GAUUAAACGCCACAUCAGUCCUCUCCUCUCCAUCUCUCUCUCUCUUUCUACAAUUUCUUCAUCAUCUUCCUUCCCCACUCCACUAACUAGCCAUGUGGUCUUCUGAUGCCGGUGAAGGCAACAGCUACAGCCACAGUAACAGCAGCACCAAAAUCCCCUCGUCCGCCUCCUCUUCCUCCUCCGCCAUCCUCUUUCACACAACUUCCAAAAGAAAGACAAUGGAAGAAGUUUGGAAAGACAUCAACCUGCCCACUCUCGGCCAAGACAGCCGCCCUUCAACUCCUUCUCUCUCCCUAGAAGCUCCACUCCCCCACAAAGCCACCGCUGCAUCCGCCGCCUCCACCGCCGCUGGUCGCAACUCCUUCCGCAGUAUGAUCUUGCAGGACUUUCUCGCCGGCGCCUUCAAAGAUCCUCCCACCUCCGCCUCCUCUGGUAGCCUUCCCCAGCUUCCCCAGCCCCCUACCGUCCUUAGCCUUAGUAGCUCCGGUACUUUUCGCCCUGGCUUUGACUACACGGCUUUUCGGCCCGGUCCGCCCAACUCUAAUUCCGACUCCAGCUACGCAAGCCACGUUGCCUCCCCCGCCGCCGGCAGCGGCGGCUCAGAUGACAUUAUUGUCUCUCGCUAUCCUGCUUCCCCCGCUCUGUUCUUCUCCUCCAAGAAACUUAUCUCUGAUGAUCCCUUCUGCAUUUCCGGCGGUGAUCGGCGCUAUAAGCGGAUGAUAAAGAACAGAGAGUCGGCCGCCCGUUCCCGAGCCCGAAAGCAGGCAUACACGAACGAGCUGGAGCUGAAAGUCGCCCAACUGACAGAGGAGAACACAAAGCUCAAGAAACAGAACGAGGAGCUUCGAUUAGCAAUGGCUGCUCAGCUUCCCAAAGGGAAGGCUCUUCAAAGAACCUCAUCCGCUCCAUUUUAAGAAAAGAAAGAAGCUCCGAAAUAGUUGGGAUCUACUUACCCUUUUAAACAAUGCAGACUAUAUAGGGAGUUAGAAAGAGAAAGCUGUAAUGGGGUUACCUCUGUUUGUGCAGAAAUGGAAAAACAGCUCUUUUUUAACUAAGGAAUUUUUUCCCCCAGC